UUGGGGAGGCUUUACAACGUGGAUACAGCUAUUCUCUCAUUUUAAAUCAAUGUGUAUGUAUCUCUAUAUCGACGUGAAGCACUUGCAUAGCAUAGAUAGCACAAUAUGUAAUCUAACAAAAGAAAAAACAGAAAAAAGUAGAAUGGCAGAAUUUGUUGCAAAUGCUUCUCUGGAAAUCCUUCGUGAUUUGCUGGUUGAAGAAACUAAGUCUCUGCUUAGUGUGAGUGGUGAUGUUGACAAAGUCAAAGCAGAUCUGAGAAGCAUCCAUGCCUUGUUGAUGAAAGCUGAUAGAGAUAGACGCGAUUCUCCAACUCUAAAGCUUUACGUUUCCCAACUCAAAGAUCUGGCGGAAAAAGCUGAGAAUCUGCUUGAAACGUAUGCCGUUGAAGUUCAAUCCAAAAGGGAAGGGCGGAGGAGCCUCAAGGAUAAAUUCAAAAGAUACGUUUGCAUCAUGUGUGAGUGCAUCAGUGUCCACCAGGUUGGGAAUGAGGCUCGCGACAUAAUAUCUGCCCUGGCAGACCUCGCUAAAAAGGUAGAGUCGGAGUUGGAUCAACAAGGCUCAUCAUCUCAUUCCAAGCAGGAAGUUGAGCAGCAGAGUCUGCUGAGACAGACGUAUGCUCAUGAGGUUGAGCAUGAUUUCGUGGGCAUGGAGAAAGACAUCGCGCUUUUGGUCUCCAAGGUGAAGGACGAAACCAGAAGAAAACGAGUAGUGAAGAUAUAUGGGAUGGGUGGUCUCGGAAAAACUACUCUCGCCAGAAAGGUUUACAACCACAUAGACCUCCAAUCUUAUGCCCGAGCAUGGGUUUGCAUCACCCAACAGUUUGAACAUAAGGCGGUGUUGGGAAAGAUUUUGAAACAAAUUGACAGCAAGGCAAAGAUUGAUGAGCUGGAAGUUGACGAUUUGGUGACAAAAAUUCAUAGUUUAUUGGAGGUGGAAAGGAAAUGUUUGGUGGUGAUAGAUGAUAUAUGGGAAGAUGUUCAUUGGGAGAUCAUAAAGCAAGCUUUUCCGGUGAAUUGUGAUGUCAUUCUCACCACUCGUUCUGAGGAUAUUGCUAAUCAACAAUCCGAACCUUACAAGCUGGAAUUUCUGACAAAAGACGAUGGUUGGACUUUACUUCAAAAGGUAGCAGAUAUUUCUCCAGAUGACCCGGAUUUAAAAUCAUUUGAAGAUAUUGGAAGAAAAAUUGUAUUAAAGUGUGAAGGGUUACCGCUAUCAAUUUGUGUUAUUGGAGGGAUUUUGCGCAAUAAAGUACACACACAAUGGAUAGAGGUAAAUCUGAACAUGGAAUCACAUUUGAAGCAUGGAAAAGGUGUUGGAAAAUACAAUAGAGUAAAUCAAGUGUUGGAGUUGAGCUACGAUGCCUUACCUUAUUACUUGAAACCAUGCUUUCUCUAUUUAGCAUGUUUUCCUGAGGAUCACGAGAUUGAUACAGAGAAACUGUAUUUAUUGUGGAUGGCGGAAGGCUUCAUUUCCUACCAAGAUAAAGAAGCUAAUGAGACUCUAAGAGAUGUGGCUCAAAGAUAUCUAAUAGAACUUGGUAUGAGGUGUAUGGUUCAACUGCAUGAUGAAGCUAACACCUACACUCCACUUACGAAAUUUGUUUCGUGUGGGCUUCAUGAUUUAAUGCAUGAUCUCUGUUCUUCUAAAGCAGAAAAGGAACAGUUUCUGAUGCGCAUUGAUGCUUCCAAAUAUCUGACCAACAUUCUUUUACCAACUCGAAUAGCCAUCAGUCAUGACCCCUUUAGUGAAUCAAGUAUAGAGGGGUUAAAGGAAGUUAGAGGUCUUAGAUCUUUUAUUAUUCUUCAAAAAAACUCUCAUUAUGAACCAACCAUGGGCUUCAAAGAGAGUAUGGUUAACUUUAAGAAGUCGCAGUACUUGAGGAUAUUUGCGGCUGAAGGUUGUGAGUUUGAAGGAGAGGAAUUACCAAGCACGGUGGGUGAACUAAUUCAUUUGAGAUAUUUGAGUUUGAGGGAUUCUAAUGUGAGAGAAAUACCAAAGUCUAUAUGCAGCCUGCCAUACUUGCAGACCUUAGAUUUGCGAGUAUCACCUGAUAUUAAAUUGCCAAAUGUGAUAUGGAAGAUGAAAAGACUAAAGCAUCUAUUUCUCAAUACUAAAAUAGAAGUGAUUGGAGGGGAGAAACUAAAAUUAGGUGGGCUACAAGAGUUGGUGACAUUAGAUAAGAUCAACACUGAGAGAACUUGCAUUGCAGAUAUCCCUACAUUGAUUAGUCUACAGAAGAUGCGUGUUGAUGUUUGUGAUGUGGAUAGCCUGUUAAUUGUAUUGAACAACAAAAACAGCCAAUUACGUGAGAGUUACCUUUCAGUUCACUCUUGUGAUUUCAGUUCGGAGAAUGGUAGAGAGGUUUUGAAUCACGGGUUGAUGUCUCCUUCGUUGGUUAGUUUGGAGAUAUGGUACUGCAAUAUGGGUAGCAGUUUUCCAUACUACAAACCAGAGAUGUGUCAGAAUUUAGUAAAGUUGUGGCUUAUAGAUUGCAAGGUUAAGGUAGAUGUGAAGGACUUUGGCAAGUAUCCCAUGUUGCAAAAGCAAGGAUGAUAAAAGUUUGAUUCCUAGUGAAGGCUCUCUACAGUUGCUUAUUCGCAUUUAUUGCCUCAAUUGAUAAUAAAAUGAUACGAUACAACAACAGCCGGCUCUCCAAGAGACCGAAGUGCACAAGGCAGAAGAGCAACCGCUGGAAGAGCAGCAGCCGGAAGAUGAUCGUGGUUCGCCGCUGGUCCAGCCGUCCAUCGCGACCACGAAGCCGAAGAGGAGUGCACGCCCGCCCGAUAGGCUUGGCGAGUCGGCGACUACGUUUCUAAGUAGUUUAGUAUUUUAUAAUCUUUUUGCUACUCUUUAUUAUUUCUUUUUGGAUAUUAGUAUUUUAUUAUUUAUUUUGCUUAAAGAGUCGAGCGUAAUUAUAAGCUCCGUUUCGAGUUUUCUUUGUUGGUUCUUUCCCAAUAUGCUUUAAGAGUCGAACCAACCCUAGGGUCCUUAGACUUAUAAAUAGGGCGCUUGUUCACACAUUCAGACCAUGAAUAAGAAUUAUCUAU